AUGGGUGAUUUGAAUGAGGUAGAGAAACUCGUACGUGUCGGCAAGACGAAACUUAUUUGGAUUGAGACCCCGACGAACCCGACGCUUAAAAUCACGGACAUCCAGGCUGUAUCCAAUUUCGCGAAGAGUCCCAAUCUGCUUCUAGAUGUGGACAAUACGUUCAUGUCUCCUAACUUUCAAAAUCCAUUGACUCUGGGUGCUGAUAUUGUCAUGGACAGUAUCACUAAGUACAUUAAUGGACACAGUGAUGUCGUUGGAGGGGUAGUCAUUACCAAUUCUGAAGACAUUCACAUAAUCACGCUUCAUUCAAAAUGGUUUUGGUGCCGUUCCCUCGCCCUUUGA